GCCAUUCGCGGAGUAGAAGAUCCGCGAUGCACCAUGGAGCAUGUCCCGGAAGUAAAUGCGCAGCUAUCCGAGGGCUCUCGGUUCCUCCAAUUCCAGGCCUCAAGGCUGCACAUGCAGCUGCGGGAGGAGUUGGAGAGGUUCGGGCCGCUGGACAGCCUGCGCAUAGUGUUGGAUUUUGAAAGAGCCUCGAUUACGGCGUCACGGAAGGUGUUUCCUACGGGUCCGGUGGAGGGAUGCGGGUUUCACCUCGCUACGGCUUGCAAUAGAAAGAAGGACAGAAUCGGUAUGAGGAAAUACAUCAAAGGAGCUCACAGGGACGAAAAAGUAGUGCGAUGGUGGAGCACUGUAAAGGGGGUAAUAUUUUUACUUAAUUACUUACAUAGAAGGCUACCAGCCCUUCACCGACCUACUACACCAAGUGGGCAUGAAGCCUAUCCCAUGUGCUGCGAAUUCCUGCAGUACAUGCAGUCCACUUGGUAUGAGAGGCCCUUCAAGGACAUGUGGAAUAAAUGGGGGGUAACGGCCCGCACGACAAAUGCGGCAGAGGCCUUUCACAGGCUUCUUGGGUGCCUUCUUCAAGGCAAAUAUCCCUCCAUGGCCAUGCUGCUGCGGCGGCUACAAAGUUGCAACACGAACGCGCGAGGCGAUUUUCUUAACAUGGAGAGGGUGCGUCUCCUUAUAUCACAUGAACAUUAA